CUUAAGUUUAAAAGUAGGAGUAAAUUUCAUGAUGGCACUUUGAGAAGCCUGAUAAAUACCGGCCCUGAUCUCAAACUGUGUGUGCGUACAAUUUGUAGCAUUCAUCAAUAUUUCCAUACUUCCCACUUGUUCUUAGGUAAGUUCAAAAUAUAAUGUUCUCAAACAUUAUGACGUCAAGGACCCAUAAACUGACAACAAUUUUGUCCCAGGGUCGCGCCCUCUGAGAGGAUGUUUGCUUUAAGAUAUUUUAAACCCAUGACCAAAACAGCCUUUUGCUGUGGACCCCUGGAACACCCUCAAGGACCUGUGGGGGUCCCCAGAUUUCACUUUGAGAACCACUGCCCUAGGCCACACAGUAAGCCAAUAUGCACAAAAGCCAACUUGGUUUUGUGCUGUCAAAUAUUAAUACUUCAUGAAUAUUAAAUAUCUACUUUAUGAAAGCAUAGAAGAUUCACCUGCAACCGUCUUAUAUCCAGUCUGCAGCAUGGAUUUUACUGACGGCCGUUUUACCAAUGCAUCGGCGGAGGCAAUGGUAUCAGAAGUCUUUACAUACAGUUAAACAGAGUAGUACUUGUUGAACUAUGUGCGGAUAAGGACACUUUCAGAAAAAACUAUCAUGGAGUUGUAGGCUUUUACAAAUCACCAGAAUAUCUCGCAAAAACAGCUAUUUUCCAUGUAUUUACAGAUUUAAAAAAAAACAAAUAAAUAAGAAAUCACACAUUAGCUGAACAGUACAGCAAUCUAAGUAUAUUUUAACUACAAUUAGUUAUAUGAGAUGUUAAGUGAAAUAUCAAGCUAUCAAUGAGAUUUUUUAGUAGAACAUUACUGCCACCUAACCAUGGAUGUACAGUAAUUUUGUACACCAAAUUCAUAACUGCAAUGCAUUGUAGAGUGACCAUCGUUGUUGACUGUCAUAACCACAAGCUCACAAGUUCCUGCCUGCUGUUCGACACUGAUUGCAGUUUUAAUUGUUUUGGGAUUUUUUUUUGCCAUUGACAAAGCCUAUCUUAAUUGUUAGGUUAUUACUUGUUGCUGUUGCCAGAUUCAUGUGAGUAUCAAACACAUUUGUAAUUACAAAUGCAUGGUUCAGUUGUUGUAAAUGGUUACACAAAUAACCCUAACACCAAUUGCCAAAUACCAAUUACAUUUAAUAAGCUCAUUCAUUUAUAAAUGCAAUCAAACAUGUACCACACAGGUGUCCAAUUAAACUGUCCAGUUACUAAAAGUUAAUUCACACAUUCCAGCCAAUCAGAAUGGAUAAUUCUUAGUCAUGGUAAAGUAACAAAAAGCAACAAAUAAAAUUAGCUAAUCUAGAUACUUUCUUCUUAAGACAGAACAAAUGGUAGGAUGCACAGUCUGUUUGCAAACAUUUGUACUUCUUGUUACCUUUACUAAUAAUGAGCAGAAAUGAUACUAAAACUAUUCUCAUUUACUCUCUUUGUCUUUCUCUUAAAUGCUUCAGUGCCUCUUUGGCUCCAGUCAUGCUCUCCUCUUCAACCCCAACCCUUCUCUGUCUGAGUCUCCUCUUCUUUCUGUCUUAUCACUCCCCUGUUCUCUCCUGUCAGACUGGGACGGGCAGCCAGUGUGAAUCUGCUCCCUUUGUACCAGGCCACAAUCUGGUGGGGGAGGGCUUUGAUGUGGUCACCAUGCGGCGUAAAGGAGCCUACCUGGUUGAUGUGAAGACUUUCCUCACACCAAAUGGCACCUGUACUCUCUGCUCCAACCCUCUUCAAGGCAACAGGCUGCAGAAAUGCCUCUUUGGCUCCAGUCAUGCUCUCCUCUUCAACCCCAACCCUUCUCUGCCACAACUGGUGGGGGAGGGCUUUGAUGUGGUCACCAUGCGGCGUAAAGGAGCCUACCUGGUUGAUGUGAAGACUUUCCUCACACCAAAUGGCACCUGUACUCUCUGCUCCAACCCUCUUCAAGGCAACAGGCUGCAGAAAUUUGGCUUAAAUAUAAAUAGGUUUGUGUCGAGCGGCCUGGAUGUGGGAGGAACACGGUCCAACGUGUAUACGUUUGCUUCAGAAAAGCGCAGACAGGACCGCUUCUUUUUCAGCAGUCACAGUGUCACCUGCCGCCGUUAUCGUUACCGUGUGUCCAAAAGACCGCCCCUCAGCUUUGAGUUCAGUAAGGAUUUGGCCAGACUGCCAAGUGAAUACAGCUCCUCCACCAGGGAUGAGUACAUGGACCUCAUACAUACCUAUGGCACACACUACCUUCGCAAGGUUCACCUUGGAGGGCAAAUCAAGCGAGUCACAGCUACACAUACCUGUUUGUCCUCAUUGAAUGGGCUCACCGCAGAUGAGGUCCACUCCUGCUUAUCACAUGGUGUCUCUGUAGGCCUGGGGAUGGUGACAUUAUCCGCUAGCCAACCAUUUUGCAACAAAGUCCUACAGAACCAGGGCAGGAGUGACAUAUCCAGCUCUAGUCUCCAUGAACAUUACACAGAAGUUGUAGGAGGCAACGGUUGGUCUGGGGAGUUUUCACUCACUCAUAAUGACCAGGGGUACAGAAAAUGGCUGAACACCAUUACGGACCACCCGAAUAUUGUUUCAUACCGCCUUAGGCCAAUGUAUGAGCUGAUGCCAAAUAAGACACAGAAGACAGGGAUGAAAGUUGCCAUAGAGGAAUACUUAGAGGAAAACGCUGUGAAGCAGUCACCUAGAGAGCCAAACUGUGGAUGGUACACUCCCAACCUGGAUGCCAGCUGCUGUCCUAAAGACAACUUGUGGGGAAAACUGGUGGUGACCAUCGUCCGAGCCUGGAAUCUGUAUGGAGAUUAUGCUGCCGCUGUCCCUACUGAUGGCUAUGUUAAGAUGUGGUAUGGUUCCAUGUAUCGGCAGACUCAUGUAGUUGAGUCAGACAACCCCACGUGGAAUGCUCGUUAUGAUCUUGGCAGGGUGAGAACAAACUUGGAUUUGAAGCUCGAGAUCUGGGACUCGGACUUGCAAUAUGAUGACCUUCUGGGAUCAUGUAACAGGAGUUUGAUGGAGGGGACAAACACAAUCUACUGCCCGGCCGAUCCAGGCUACUUGGAGGUCAAGUACACUCUCACCUGCGACCCUUAUCUGACUGGAAAUAAGUGUCAACGUUAUAAACCAUCUCCACAGUGAGAAAUGUAUUUUGAGGCUUUGAAUGUUUGUUUGGUCACUCGUUUAACAAGAGAAGGUGCAGGACAAGAAUUGUUAACUUUGUUAGUUCAAGAGGAUGCUUCAGCAGGCGAGCUAAUGUGAUUUGCAGAUUAGGUUUCCAUCUGGCUCAGUGUGACCGUUUGCUCUGCCUACAAUAGACCACUAGUGCUGCUGUAUGCAAUAUUUCAUAGGCUGGAUACAAAAUUACAGGGGCACCAUAAAAUAAAAUAUAUUUUUUUGAAAAAAAAAAAAGUGCUUAGAAGUGUAAUGAACCAGUCACACUGGUACACUGACACACAGACAAUGUUAUAUGUCAAAUGUCUGUGGAACUCAUACAGUUAUUUUCUUAAGACAUCACAAUAUUUACUUUUCUCUUUUACUUAUGAUUAUUUUAAAUCAUCAUUGUGUUUGGUUUCCAACUCAUUUUCAUUUAAAAUUUAGGCUUGUGAGCACAAACUUUUGGAUGUAAACAUUAAUCAGCUGCUGUGUACUCAAGUGGUGAAUUUUGAUGGGUGAGGCAGUUUACAUUUGGACUGCAGAUUGGUUAGCUGGUGAUCUUCAUAUUUCAUUUUCAAAUCUUUGUUUUGUCACUUUUUGUGUAACCUUCUCAUGCAAAUAAAGACUGGCAUAACAUGCAUUUAAUGUCUUU